GUGACGUUUAGUUUCGUUUGUAUUUAGUUUUGUUUUUUUCAAAAAGUGUAAAAUCAUAGAAACUGCUAUUGUGAUUUUUCUGAUGAGACAAUAAAAAAUAAAAAUAAUUAGUGAACUGAAUAAAUACGACAUAUGAAGGUCUGUGUUGCGAUUUUUUCGCGCCAAAAAAGUGAUAAAAUUUAUAAUUGUUAUUGUUUUUUUUCCUAUAUCAUAUCGUGCACUAUGAAAGGAAGAUACGUGAUAUUAUUACAAUCUAAAACAACACGUUAGGGGUUCAGGUAGAUUUGGAAUCGAUGUUGAGGCAAAAUAUAGCCCACCCUCCUAUACCGGCUAAAGUGGGGUCCCCCGCCCUCCGUAGGAGAAGUAAGGGUAGACAAAGGGUAGUCACCCCUAUUCGGAGGGGAGCUCGAGCCUUGGGCGACUGCCGUUGGUAGGGGAAGGGAUUACUAUUUCAAGUUCUUUUUUUACUUUCUAACGGGUCGCGCAAGUGUGGGAAACUAGCUGUGACUUUUACUUCGUUCGUUUUUUGUUAGUGCUAUAUUGAGUAAAGGAAGUUUGUUUUCUCAUGGAAAAUCGUAUUGAAAAUACAGGUUCAAACUCUAUGGAGUUGAUGGUGAAAAAACAUUUAUUAUCAAAGAGCAAGCUAGCGACUAUACAACACGGAGACGAAGGGACUCAAUUUACAUGUGUAGAGUGUUCAGCUCAGUAUGAUGAAAAGGAGAAAUUAGAAUUGCAUCUGUUUUCACAUUAUCAUACAUACAGAUUCUUGUGUGGAGUGUGUGGAACAGGACUUAAACGCAAGGAACAUUUAGAUAGACACAUGCAGGAACAUACUGAGUACAGACCGCACGUCUGUCCCGAGUGUGGGAAGGGAUUCAAACGUAAAGAACAUCUUAAUAUACACAGUUCCAUUCAUAAAGGAAACAAAAACUUAGCAUGCUCACUUUGCCAUAAAGCAUUUUACCGUAAGGACCACCUUCAAAAACACCUUCAGACACAUAACAAACACUUUAUGGAGGUUAAUAUUAACCCAGUCAGCGAACAGGAAUUGGAUAUUAAGCAGGAGCCAGAGGAGUAUGAAGAACUCCACCCGAUCAUAACAAGUGUAACUGGCAAUGCACACAGCGAAUCCUCUAUGGAGAUGGACGAUACAAGUGAAUCAAUAGAGCAGGUCAGCAACAAUUCUUUGGGACCUCUGGCUUUUGAUAGCACGAGGCCCUUCUUAUGUCCCGACUGUGGGAAGAGUUACAAGAGGAAGGAUCAUCUUAAGAUACACAGCUGGACUCACAAGAAAAAGGAAGUUCUAUGCGGACAGUGCGGAAAAGCAUUUCACACGAAUGAUCAGAUGAUGGUACACGUGAACUUGGUCCACCUCCGAGCACUUGAGACCAAUAACGAAGGUGUGAUGCAGCUGCGCGCGCUCCUCGGGGACCAGAUAGACAUAGAAGUGCUCAAUGAAACUCCUUCCCUUCUUGUGCCAAGGAAGAAACAAUCUCCAGAGAACCGGCCUCACGAGUGUCCCAUAUGUCACCGCAAAUUUAAGAGAAAACAGCAUCUUAAAAUACACGCCAACGUUCACUUGAAACAGACGGCAGCAGCGACUACCGUCUGGUGUUCGCUUUGCAAUGAAGGUUUUUCCGAUAAUGCACUAUUCGAAAGUCAUAGUUGCCAGGGUCAAGACUACGCGGAAAACGGCGAAUACGAGCAGACGCAGUUCAGCUCGCCUCACGAUACUAAGAAGGAAAACAACCCAAUUGAAUUCGUUGAGGUUGUGGUUAACGAAUCAAAUGAAACCCACGAGGAGGCGAACAUCCCGACUCCUCGACGCGUGUUCGUCUGCAAGUUCUGCUCCAAGCCCUUCAAGAGGAAAGACCACUACAAGAUACACCUGCAUAUACACACCGGUAUCAAGUCAUUCUUCUGUCCCGACUGUGGGAAAGGUUUCUAUAGAAAGGAUCACCUACAGAAACACAUGAUCGUACACGCCAAGUUCAAAACGAGACCGCGAGCCAAGAAGGAGGUCCCCGGCCUGUUCCCCAUCGACAUGUUAGCUAAGAAGGACGUUAAGCCCGAGAUCACGAUACAUGCUCCGUCUAACACGAAGCUGCGAGUGCCGCUGCAGAUCAAGGUUCCGUACCAGAUGGUGGUGUCGCUGGACAAUGGCGAGCGACGUGCCGUCACCGUCGACCCGCAGGCCGACGCCUAGCUGCGGUACCGUCGACCACCGUCGGGACCUACUAGGCCCUACUCUCCGGGUGAUCUCUCUUCUUCAACCCUUGGAUAGAUCAUUCGUCACUGUCUUUCGUUGUAGGCACUCUGGUCGUCCGUAAUAUAGAAACAUUUUGGCCCAGGCCGAGAAAUGCGUCAUACCGCAUCAGUUUUUAUUUGCUUUUAUUAUACAAUUUGAUUCAUUAUCGUCUUGAUAAAAAUUUAUGACAGGUGUAUUUAACUAAAUUAAAUUUAUUUGUCUAAACGAAAAUACCAAAAAAAUUUGGUGGAUUUUUCUUGCCCAGCCAAUACUAGUUAGUAGCAUGCUUAUGACUAAUUCAAAUUAUGUAAUACGCUAGUAAAAUUUUAGUAAUGUUUAAAUUGUGAUAAUGGUCUACGUACUUCCACACGCGAAUCUUCUCAAACUUAACACGUCUUUGCGUAAGAUUAUGUAAGUAUUAUGCAGAUUAGGAAUUUUAAAUGUUUUCUGAUCCUAAAUAACAUGUCGUCCAAUAUUCUUGAUUGUGUAAACAUUUAGAGAAUUAUCAGAAUUAUAUGAGCAUCGUACAAUUAAAGGGAAACGUGAUGUUCUAUUGGAUAAAAUAUCACGGGAUCAAAUCCCAGUAAGCACACGAGCUUGACUAUGUUUUUAAUUCAUUUCAGACGGUAGUAAAAAAAAACUUGAUAGAAUAAGGUCCAAACUUUAUGUUUGAGAGGAGAGGAGACGUUUGCCCAGCUCAGUUUAAUCAUGUCACUUAAAGGUUUAGAAAUGCUUCACUCUUUAAAAGAUUUUAAUGAAAACAAUAUGUAGGCAUAUUCCAAAAUGCUGGGUCCAAAACGAAUGCAUAAUGUAUGAUCUCCUAGUUGUAAAAAAAUAUAUCGUUUAUUAGCAAUUUGUACAUAUCUUAAUAGUCUAUAAUAAAUAUAAGAUUUUACCAUAAUCACGGUUAUUCUUAUUACAUUGUAUAAUGUCGACGAUUUUAUUGUAGAUCAUAAGUUUCAGAUUUUGAUAUAAUUAUGAAUUAUCUCCAAUUUUUAAAAAACCAACAUUGAAAUUAUUAAUAAUAGUAGGAUUACACAAAACACAACUGCCGAAAGUUAUUUGAAUAGAAACUUAGUUGGCUCAUUUUUUAAUUUCCAAAAUGAAAUUAUUUACUUGAAUGUUAUCAUAAAUGUUUAAAUAUAGACAAAUGUAAUGUUGAUGAUUUGUAUACAAUCUCUAAACUAAACUUAUUUUACAAGAUAAAAUUUCGCUAUCCCGCUUUAAUUCAUUCACAAGAAAGAGGUUUACUAUUAUCCAAUGGCAGAUUUUCAAAUACAAUGUGCUGAUAACUUUGCUUUUGUAAAAAAUAUAUCACAUAUUAUGCACUACAAACGGUUCUUGAUUAAUAUAUCUUAAUUUUAUAACCUUAAAAACUGGAGAGGAGGCCUUAGCCCAGCUGUGGGACAUUCGCAGGCUGUUACUUACUUAUAUCCUUAUUAUUAAAUUAAAACUGACUACUUAACACGCCAUUUAUUCCUUAAUUAGACAGAGUAUUUAGGUCUCGAACAAUAGUAUCAUGACAAUUCAAUAUUUGUUUAUUUAUAUUUUCUGCCAUUGGAAUCUGCUAUAAUAAUAAUGUUUUAUAUAACUGUGAGAAACAUAAGUUUAGAUAUUGUGUUGAACAGGAUUUCCACUAUUGUUUUUUAAAAUACCGUAGUAAAUAUAUGUUCAGUUCGAUUAAGUUGUAAAUAUUUGAGGUGCCAUGCAAUGUACCAAAAAUUUAGUAUGUUCUACCUUUGAAGUUCCUCUUGUCUUUACACGAAAUAUCUUGUGAUCUUAUUUGUAAGUUCAAAUGUGUAACAUAAAGUACAAAAUAAAAAAAUAUUUUGCACCGAU